CGGGAGAGCGAGAUCAAAGGGAUUUGAAACAGCCUGAGGACUGGCGGGGGAGGGGGCCGGCCAGCUUGUGGAGUCCUCCCGGAGAGGCGGAGGGCUCGGCUUCCUCUGUGACUUCCGCGGCCUGGUUGGUUUUAUUAUUAUUAUUUUCAAAUUUCCGAAUCCAGCCAGAGGGAGAGAGCGAGAGAUCUCGGUAGACUGCGACUUGCUGCCUCUGGCUCCAAGAUGAUGCAGAGCGCGGCUGUCCCCGCAGAGGGGGCUGUCAAGGGGCUCCCGGAGAUGCUCGGUGUGCCGAUGCAACAGAUUCCCCAGUGUGCUGGCUGCAACCAACAUAUCCUGGAUAAGUUCAUCCUGAAGGUCCUGGACAGACACUGGCACAGCUCCUGCCUCAAGUGUGCAGACUGCCAGAUGCAGCUGGCUGACAGAUGCUUCUCCAGGGCCGGCAGUGUCUACUGCAAGGAAGAUUUCUUCAAACGCUUUGGCACAAAAUGCACAGCCUGCCAGCAGGGCAUCCCCCCGACCCAGGUGGUCCGCAAGGCUCAGGACUUUGUCUACCACCUGCACUGCUUUGCCUGCAUCAUCUGCAACCGGCAGCUGGCCACGGGGGACGAGUUCUACCUUAUGGAGGAUGGCCGGCUAGUGUGCAAAGAAGACUAUGAGACAGCCAAGCAAAACGAUGACUCGGAGGCUGGGGCUAAGCGACCGCGGACCACCAUCACAGCAAAGCAGCUGGAGACACUAAAGAACGCAUACAAGAACUCCCCAAAGCCUGCCCGGCAUGUGAGAGAGCAGCUCUCCUCCGAGACAGGCCUGGACAUGAGAGUAGUACAGGUUUGGUUUCAGAACAGAAGAGCCAAGGAGAAAAGGCUAAAGAAGGACGCAGGGCGCCAUCGCUGGGGCCAGUUCUACAAGAGUGUCAAGAGGAGCCGGGGAGGCAGCAAGCAGGAGAAGGAGAGCUCAGCAGAGGACUGUGGGGUUAGUGACAGUGAGCUGAGCUUCCGAGAAGAUCAAAUACUCUCAGAGCUUGGCCACACCAAUAGGAUUUAUGGCAACGUGGGGGACGUUACAGGCGGACAGUUAAUGAAUGGGAGUUUCUCCAUGGAUGGGACAGGACAAUCCUAUCAGGACUUGAGGGAUGGGAGCCCCUAUGGAAUCCCCCAGUCUCCAUCCUCCAUAUCGUCCCUCCCAUCCCAUGCUCCUUUGCUCAAUGGGCUGGAUUACACCGUGGACAGUAAUCUGGGCAUCAUUGCGCAUGCAGGGCAGGGAGUCAGCCAGACACUGAGAGCCAUGGCUGGGGGACCCACCUCUGACCUCUCGACAGGAAGCAGUGUAGGCUACCCUGAUUUUCCAACUAGCCCAGCCUCUUGGCUCGAUGAGAUGGACCAUCCUCCUUUUUAGACUUUCCUCGUCACCCUCCUUGUCCUCCUGGUAUGAGAGAAUGUCUUCAAGGAUCAAAAGUACGCCAAUGUGAAUUUCCAUUAUUUUCAAUGGAAGUCCUCCGCCGAUUCCCAGGAGGCGGAGACCACACUAGGAUACUGCUUUCUUGGGAAGAGACAGGAGAGCAGCCUCAUCUCUACCACAGCACAGGGGUGGACAGCCUAGAACUCUAAGGAUGCUGGCUUGUUGGCUCCCUCCCCUCCCACCCUGCUUAGAGGCUUUGGCUGCUCAGUGCUUGGACAGCACAAGGUGACUGUGACAGGCCACCUUGGCCUUUGGGGACUCUGCUCCAGCUGGUGCAUCUCACACUUGGCCUCCCAAAUCACCCCUCUCACCAGAACCAGGAUUCCUGUGGGGGAGGCACCAUGGUGUCCUCCCCCCACCCCAGAAUAAUAAAAUAGUUUCUGGACCACCUUGAUAACACGCUAAUUUUCAAAAUAAAGUCAGUUACUAAAGGCUAGUAAAAAUACUGAUGCCCACAGUUUGAUAUUAAAAA